CGUCUCCGCUCCCCCAGACGACAGAGCUGGUUACCAGGGGCCGCCAGUCCGUCCCCGCUACUAGCCAUGCUUCGUAUCGUUACAAGCCGAGGCUCGUCAGCAUGUGGCAGCCGUGCCUUACGGCGCCGCGUGCGUGCACUGAUGGACGUGUUCCCGCCCACGACUUCCACUACUCCGCCUGCGCCGAUUAUUCCGCCUGCGCCCUGCUCUGCUGCGCUCGCCUCCGCCGUUGCUCCCAGCCCUGCUGCCCGCGCGGAUCCCUGCUGCCGUGGCCCCGCUACCCCUAGCGUCGCCGCCGCUCCCCCGACCUCCUUCGCAAUCUCGCCCGCUCCCGCGCGUUCCGCCGCGCAUUCCCCACAUUCCCCUCACUCCCCGCAUUCCCCUCAUUCCACUCGUUUCGCCAAUGACAUCGUGGACGGCGCACGGCGGUUCAGUGCGCUUACUCCGCGCCCCCCUCGCUCCCCCCAAUCUCCGCACUUCCCCCCCGCGCGCCUAAACCGCGUGCCUUCCGCGUUCCCCAGCGGCGGAGGUGGUAGGGCUAGAGGCGGGGAGGGCGAAAUGGAUGGGGGACGGAGAUGGUAUGGCGGUGAUUCGAGUAAGAGGGCAGGAGGUGCGGGCGAGGGGGUGUUGCUACGAGGGGAGGGAGGGGAGGGAGGGGAGGGAGGAGAGGGAGAGGAAGGAGGGGAGGAGAGGGAACGGGACGAGACGGUGGAGAGAGGAAGCAGAGAGGAGGAAAGGGCAGAAGGAGGGGGAUUGGACGAGGAAGAGGAAGCGGAAGGAGAUGCCAGUGUGAACCUUUCGUUUCACCCCUCUGGACUGCCCCCUUCCCAGCUGCCUUUCCUCUCGCCAUCGGAGGCCGCUCGUCUCUUGGAGAAGGCGCGCGCACGGGACAUCCGCAUUCUCAACGUGGCGGGGCGCUGUGAGUGGGCGGAGCACCUCGUGCUCGCCACGGCACACUCCACUCGACAUGCCAGAGGGCUGGCGGCAGGGCUCGCGUAUGAGUUGAAGCAGCGGUAUGUGCGGGAGGGGCUGGCAGCACUGGCACCGGAGGUGGAGGGCAAGGAGGCGGAGCACUGGAUGCUGCUGGACUGCGGGCGCACGGUGGUGCAUGUGAUGACAGAGGAGGGCCGGCAGAGGUACAAGGUGGAGGCGCUGUGGGGGGAGAAGGGGAAAGGAAGGGGGGAGGACAACGACGACGGGGAUGUGCUCCUGGGCACGCGGGGUUAGGGAGAAACGCGGGGAAGCGCCGAUAUAACUGGGAGCCCCAAGAACGCUAUGAUGACUGAGGGGGGGGCAGGCGGAGGUACUACAAGGUGGAGGCACUGUGGGGGGAGAAGGGGAGGGGGGAGGACGACGACAGUGGGGAAGCGCUCUCGCGGGCACACGGGGUAUGGGAGAAAGUCACUGACUGACGCCCUCAUAUAAAGGCCCUGAUAUACGUGGUACGAUUCCUCACCUGAUGCUGCCUGUCUGGUUCACUGGGGCCCUCUGCUGCCAAGAAGAGGCAUGGGGUUAGGUAGGAGGAAGACGCUUGUCCCGGCUGGUGCGUGCCUUCCUGCAUGGGCUGUGCUUUUAGCUGGGAUGGUUACUGUUGUUAUAAUAAUGGUACCCAGGGCCUCAGAUAGGAUUUUGGGCAUCCUGACGGCUCAGGGCAUGCCCCCAAAGAAGUGUGCAGCAGUCAGGGCUGGACGCCAUGGCUCACACUGAUUAGUCAGGGUUGUUUUCUAGGUUCAAACUAUCGCCUCAGGGUAAAUUUAUAAAUUGCCUGAAAUGUG